AUGAGUCUUGUGGUUAUAUCAUCGUUGUCGGUCCGGAUUCAAGCUUUUACUUCUACGAAAGCCGCAUUCCGUUUGUCCCGAAGAAGCGUCCGUUGCUUUGGAGGUAGCGCUCUUCGCAGUCGGCGCCGGAGCAGCGAAGGAGAGCAGAAAAGUGUGUUGGAAUGGGAAAGCUUCGAAUUUGGGGAAAGCCCGAAAUGGGAUGCUCGCUUCGAUAGUUCUCGGACAAUCGUUGCCGGGAACGAAGAUGAGCUCAAUCUCGUUCGGCAGGCCGAAGCCAUCAAGGAUCAAGAAACUGCCGCAACGCUCAAUCAGCAACGGUCCGCCUGGGAGAGGCUUUCUCCCGGAAUAGUUGAAUCUGCCACACAACUACUGUUACCCUUUAUACAGGAAGAAAGAGUACAGCGUAUUAAAUCGGUGUUGAACCAAAGAACCGGACACACGCGGCUUUUGUUUGAGAAUCCGGCCAAUCCGUCCAACAUUUGGGCGUGCUUGCGGACGGUUGAUAGCUUUGGAAUUCAACACGUGGACGUGGUCAUUCAGAGUGGUGAGUACAAGGGCAAGGCGGCUCUUUCCCAGAAGCGGGGUAUGCGAACUGCCAUGGGUUCUGCCCAAUGGAUGACCUUACGGAAUCAUUUGUCCACGGCCGACGCCGUCCGAACGCUCAAAACCCAAAACAAUUGUCGGAUCUUUGCGUCCGAUCUGAAUCCGAACUCGAGAGAUAUUCGAACCAUUGACUGGAGUUCCUACGGUGAUCAACCCAUCUGUAUCAAAUGCGUGAGCUCGCGGAUGAAACCUUUACAUUGCCCAUGUACGGAUUUGCCGAGUCCUUCAAUCUGUCGGUGGCGACCGCCAUUACGCUGGCGCAUCUGA